GAUCGGGAUCGGGAUCGGGAUCGGCACCGGGGGGGUCCUGGCCCCUCGCUGCCAUGGCCAUGCAGAUGCAGCUGGAGGCCAGCGCGGACACGUCGGCAGAGGAGGAGAGCUUUGGGCCACAGCUCAUAUCCAGGCUGGAGCAAUGUGGUAUAAAUGCCAACGAUGUGAAGAAGCUGGAGGAGGCUGGAUUUCACACCGUGGAGGCCGUGGCUUAUGCACCAAAGAAGGAGCUGCUGAACAUCAAAGGCAUCAGCGAAGCCAAAGCUGACAAAAUCUUGGCUGAGGCAGCCAAACUGGUUCCCAUGGGUUUCACCACGGCCACGGAAUUCCACCAGCGGAGGUCAGAGAUCAUCCAGAUCACCACUGGCUCCAAGGAACUGGACAAACUGCUUCAGGGAGGAAUAGAAACAGGGUCCAUAACAGAGUUAUUUGGGGAGUUCCGUACUGGGAAGACACAGCUGUGUCACACACUGGCAGUCACCUGUCAGCUCCCCAUUGACCGUGGUGGUGGAGAGGGAAAAGCCAUGUACAUCGACACAGAGGGGACCUUCCGUCCGGAGCGGCUCCUGGCUGUGGCUGAAAGGUAUGGCCUGUCUGGCAGCGACGUCCUGGACAACGUGGCCUAUGCCCGGGGCUUCAACACCGACCACCAGACCCAGCUGCUCUAUCAGGCCUCGGCCAUGAUGGCUGAGUCACGGUACGCGCUGCUGAUCGUGGACAGCGCCACGGCCCUGUACCGCACGGAUUACUCGGGAAGGGGGGAGCUCUCCGCCAGGCAGAUGCACCUGGCCAGGUUCCUGCGGAUGCUGCUGCGCCUGGCAGAUGAGUUUGGCGUGGCCGUCGUCAUCACCAACCAGGUGGUGGCACAGGUGGAUGGAGCCGCCAUGUUCGCCGCGGAUCCCAAAAAACCCAUCGGAGGGAAUAUCAUCGCUCAUGCUUCCACCACCAGACUGUACCUGCGGAAAGGCCGGGGAGAGACCAGGAUCUGUAAAAUCUACGACUCUCCGUGUCUUCCCGAGGCUGAGGCCAUGUUUGCUAUCAAUGCCGACGGAGUGGGAGAUGCUAAGGACUGAAAAGUGCUUUUUUCCCCCGAGUCCCAAGACUAUGUCCAUGAGGGGCUCCUUUCUGUGUGGCACCUUACAGAUACUCCCCAACGCAGCUGGCAGAGGAACCUGUUGUGUGUCGGGAUGUGUCCAUCAGGACACCUGGAAGGGUUGGGAAGAGAUCUCCCACUGGGCUGUAGUCACAGAUCGGAUCCGUGUGGUGCCUUGUGAACAUUCCCAGAGGACCCACACCCUUUGUGUUCUCCUGGGUUCCACCAUGCACGUGGGGCAGUAAAAUCCAUGUGGCCGCAGUUCUGAACUUGGUGAAUUUGAACUAAAGUUGGUGGGUUUGCCCAGUAAGAAAAGUGGUGAUUUAUAAAACCAAGCAGAGUGGUAUUCCACACUAGGGACUUGGGAUUGGUGAUGAUCCCAGUCCAUAAUCUUUCUGUUCAUUUUCUUUUGGAUGCUGCAACCUGCUGAGCUGGGGGAAUGUUCAUUUACAUUUCAGUUUAAUUUUCUGUAUUUCAUUAAUUCUCCGUGGAAAUCUACUUUUAAUAAAAAGGACCAUGAGGAUAUUGAUGACAUCACAGGUUCCUAGGAUUCAGGCAGGUGUUCAUGCAGACCAAGGAUUUUUUUGGAUGGAAGCAGCUGCACCAAUCUCCAAGGAAUCUCAGUCUGGGUUUUUCUUUUCUCCUAAUUGUCCUUGGUUUGGAGGUGCAGUGCAGCCGUGCCCUAUAUAUCUCUUUUAAGAGUUUUUGGGGCUAAAAAAGUUCUUUUGUAUUCUGCAAUAUGUAUAUAUCUUGAUUAAAGAGAAUAAUAUAAUAUUGA